UCUCUCUCUCUCUCACUCUCUCUGAAGUUGGUCAACACUCGUGACUCGCCGCUUAUCUGGCGCAGACCGAUCGGCCUUCUUGGCACGAAAACCCACCGACAGAAUAGGGAAGAAAUGUCGCGCAUGAUGUCUUCCCCACUUCCUCACCAGAGAAGCGCGCCCAUCCCACCCAACCCAUUCUCGUCUCCCUUGGCCGAUGCCAGCACUUCCUCCCUCGCCCAUCCCUUGAUCGGACUGAGGGAGAGUCCUAGCUCAUCUAUCCGAGCUAAACCUUCUUCAAGAGCUCGAGCUCGAGCUCGAGCAAAUCCCGGUCGAUCGCCCUUUGCGUAUUCAAAGAAUGAGCGCGAGCGCCCGAUCGACGCAGCGCAAGUGGACGCGUCGCCUGGACAAAGCAGGAACAUGUUCAGACAGAGGUUCAGGGAAAGAUGCGAGGAUGCCAUGAAGCGGGACAAAAGUCGAGCUCUGGAUAGAGCCAGACGAAAAUCAUCGACGAUUCUUGCGGGGAGGGGGAAUGCGCAGAGCGAAGAGGAAGAGGAAGAUGGUAGCAGAGCUUCGGCGCUCUUUUUCAGCGAUGAGAUUUUGGGUAGUGAGGAUGAGGAGCAGGAUAAGAUAGACGACGAGCUCUUGCGCCGAAGAAUGUUGGCAGAGUACAAGCGCAUGCUUAGAGCUCAGGAGCGUUCUGGUCAAGAUGAGCUAGGCUGGUUGGACGCGGACAUGGUGGCAUGGCUGCACGACGAGUCUAUCAACGAUCAAGCGCGGAUGAUCGAGUCUCAACCACAACCUCCAGCAGGAAUGGAAGAUGAAGAAGCGUAUUGGGCUAGUCUAUACGAACAAUCUCUCGAAGAAGCAUCUCGAGGCAAGGGUAGCUCGAAUCUAGCUGGACAAGUGGAUAGUCAUGCUCCUUUGACGUCGUACUCUGAGGAGGAGGAGGAGGAGGACGAAGCGUUUUGGGAGCAGGUCUGGAAUUUAGCACGCGCAGACGAGAUGAAUGAGCAAACACCUUUGGAAGAGAUGGACAUGGACUUGUCUUGAGACUGGGCCGAUCUACCGUUCCAACCUUUUCAAUCACAAGGCACUCCGAACGGACGAACGCAGCGAUUCGAUUCUCUUCGGGGCCAAAACCCAACCUCUGCCUCAGGCUUCUCCCAAGUCUAGCGUGACAGGACUCGUAGCUGGACUCAUCGCAGUGCACGACCCACCUCCGACAUACCUGCAGUCUCUUCGUACGUGAACAGAACGA